AUGGCGAAAACCGACAACGCUAGGGAUGAAAUAAGGUCAUUUCGGCAACUAUCGAGUGAACCGUUGCAUGAAGCGUUCACUCGAUUUAAGGAAUUGAUGCGGAGAUGCCCACAUCACCAAAUAGAAAAGUGGGAAUUGGUGAAGUGUUUUGUACGUGGGUUGGAUGACACAACAUGGAAUCGUCUCGAAUCGACGAGUAACGGGACUCUUUUAAGCAAUCACGAGGAUGACGAUUGGGAGUUCAUUGAAAGGAUGAGUAAAAGGUCAAAAGCGAAAGAGUCAGCUGAUCGAGCAAAAAAGCACCCCACCUCAAGAUCUUGGCCCGAUCGUGAUGUGAAUUCUAAGGAUCGAAUUGAAACGUUAGAGCGGGAGUUGGCUCGCAUGAAGAAAAGAGAAGUGAAUGCGGUGCAAUACGCCGUAUGUGAGGAAUGCGGAGAUAUCUGUCACCAGACCGAGAAUUGUCAAGCCACCGUGGAGGUGAAUCAAGUGUAUGGGGACCGAAGGUAUGGUAAUUCCUCCAACCAAAUGAACCCGAAUUUCCAAUCGGGAAAUCAAGGUGGGUAUUCGAACCAAACUCGCCAAAGAGGUUACAACCAAGAUGGUCACGGGUCGACGAAUAAUCAAGGAGGUGGUGGUGAUUUGAAUGCAAAGAUGGAUGUAAUGCUUUCGAUGAUGCAAGAGUCCAAGAAAGAGAAUGAAAUUCGGGACAAAUCGCAUGUAGCAUUAGCAAAACAAGUGGGCCAACUUGCGGAGGAAAUGGCACAAAUGAAGGGGAGCAUGGGAAAGCUCCCAAGUGACACCACGGUGAACCCUAAACAUCAAAGUUCAAGCACGGGCAAUGUGAGGAAUGUGCACAUUAGCGCAGUAAGUCUUCUUUCAAAUGAUGAGGUUUGUAGUAGUGUUGAAAGCAUUCCACCACCACAAUGUGUUGAUGGUGUAGUGGGAAAUACAAGAGAUGAGUCGGAAAAUAAAAAUGAACAAGAAACGAUUUCACAAGUUAAAAUUGAGAAAAUGAAUAAAAAGUCUUUUUGUGAAAAUUGUUUAAAUCAAAUUAAACCAAUUAAUGCAUCACAAGUUGAGGAAUGGUAUCCACCGAAGGACGAGGGGUGGGAAAAUUUUAAACAAGCAAAAAUUAAUUUACCGUUACUAGAUGACAUUAAAAAGGUUCCGGCUCAUGUGGAAUGCUUAAAGGAGUUAAGCAUCGAAAAACGGCACAACAAAUUACCCGAACCGGUUGAUUUGAUAUCUCAUGUGAGUGCCAUUUUAUCGAGUGCCCUUCCCCAAAAAGCCCAAGAUCCGGGAGACCCUCUUAUUCCAAUUCAAACUGGAACAUUUAAAAUUGAGAGGGCGCUCCUCGAUCUUGGAGCUUCUGUGAGCAUUUUACCCGGGAGUUUGUAUGACCAAUAUGAUUUUGGUCCAUUAAAAAAAAUUUGA